UGCUACACGUUAUGGGGUUAUGGGUAUAGCUGGUCUCCCCGGACCCUGCAUUCACUAUAUCUGGUCUCCCCGGACCCUGCAUUCACUAUAUCCUGGUCUCCCCGGACCCUGCAUUCACUAUAUCUGGUCUCCCCGGACCGUGCAUUCACUAUACCUGGUCUCCCCGGACCCUGCAUUCACUAUACCUGGUCUCCCCGGACCCUGCAUUCCCUAUACCUGGUCUCCCAGGACCCUGCAUUCACUAUAUCUGGUCUCCCCGGACCCUGCAUUCACUAUAUCUGGUCUCCCCGGACCCUGCAUUCACUAUAUCUGGUCUCUAACCCCGGACCCUGCAUUCACUAUAUCUGGUCUCCCCGGACCCUGCAUUCCUAUACCUGGUCUCCCCGGACCCUGCAUUCACUAUAUCUGGUCUCCCAGGACCCUGCAUUCACUAUACCUGGUCUCCCAGGACCCUGCAUUCACUAUAUCCUGGUCUCCCCGGACCCUGCAUUCACUAUACCUGGUCUCCCCGGACCCUGCAUUCACUAUAUCUGGUCUCCCCGGACCCUGCAUUCACUAUAUCUGGUCUCCUAGAGUCCACAGAACAUGGAAAUUCAAUUAUUUUAGUAAAUAUAAACUGCUAAAUACAUUUUCUCAUCAGCAGUUAGAGCAGUCUUGU